AUGCCCUGUUUGAGCAUAGAAAGCGUUCGCUGCCUGCUUUCAACCUUCAUACCGCGCAUCCUCUCCCCAGGCAACCCGCGUGAGACUGUUUUAUUCGGAGGGCCAGAUCCUAAACGAAGCUCGACGCUCGGCUCUACAAAGUCAGAUAUUUCUAUGAUGUCGAAGGAACAGUCUAUCUUGACUGCACCUUCAGGUUCUGGUGUUCCUGCAAAAAGUCCAGUAACACAACGCUUGAAGACCGUGCGCAUAUGGUUUCCUCGUAAUGGAAUUGCAAUUAUGGAAGAUAUCAAAAGCAAGGGCCUCGAUGAUGUGGUUCUUGAUGCCAUUGUUCUUCAGGAGCUUGGCGCUAAGCAUAGAGCCCAGGAUGACCAUGGCAACACGAGGGAUGCAUUUUUAGUCGAUCUUGCGGUUCUUGAGGCUGGGAUCUCACGAGUUUGGGGGAUAUAUGGCAUUCCGAAAUUUAUCCCCUUGAGCAGCGAUGAUCCGGUUAUCUUGAAACAACCGACAACAGACCUUGAGUCGAAGAAGGGUCUUUUUUACCAGCGCCUACAUUCAAAAUAUCUGUACGAGUACGGAAGAAGGCAAAGUCUCGCAGAAGUUUUGGGAUAUGAGAUGCCUGUGAGUUUGAAAAUCUGGUAUGAGGACACACUGCAAGACAUUGGCAGACGCCUAAAAGAGCUCGGUUACUAUUGA